CCUUCGUUUAUGUAGAAGCAGAUUCCGCCUCCCCUCGUUUUUCCCGACAGCGCCGUUACGUGGUCCGCUCGGAGGAGUUGGAAGCCCGGCAGAUGUAGUGCGCUGUCCGGAAUGUGCUCAUCGUGCCAGGUUUCAGUGAAGCACAGGGCGGCGGAUCUGCUAAAGUCCUUUUUUAGUUUGUUGAGGAGCAGCAGCUCAUCCAUCUUGUUGGCCAGAGAGCGGACGUUCGCCAGAUGAAUUGACGGGAGCGUAGUCCCCGUCGGCGCAGAUUAACGAGCGCUCCUGCUCGCUUCCCUCGUCGGCGUCUCCGAUAGAUUCCGAGUAGGGCUGCUGCUCCCCCUACUAAAAUCUCUGAAAAACUUUCUGGUUCUAUGAAAUGUGGCGAAAAAGUUUGGCCAGUGGAUAGACGGAUGUUUAAGAGAUCCUCUCUGCUGAAUGUGAUCAGAGACAAACAGACAAAAACAGAAAAAGUACGAGAGAGCGCAGUACCGAGGCUGCCAUCCGCGGCGCCAGCUUGUUGACUUUUUGAUGAUGUCAUAAACCACACACCCAAAAUCGGUGAUGUGAACUUCCUGUUCUGUCUCCAGGUGUUUCUGCAGCGUUUGUGUCCCGAACAGGAAAAACGACAGAUGUGACUCAGAUUAAAGGAUGGAGAGAGAAGUUCACUCCACCAGAGGCUGCGUCCACGGCGACACAAGCCAACCCUGAAGCUGGUCUCAGUUCAGAUCUACCAAAGAAGAACCUUUCGGCAUUCUGCAGCGACAUGUUGGACGAGUAUCUGGAGAACGAAGGGAAGCUGAUCGACCAGCGAGCCGCCAGCUUCACUCAGCCAGUGGUGGAGCCGGUGGUCUACAAGCUGCCCACCAGGAGCACCAGCUACGUCCGGACCCUGGACAGUGUCCUGAAGAAGCAGACUGCCAGCUCCCCCACCUCAGACCUCAUAUCUGGAUUCAUCCCCCCCUCCAAGAGACCCAAACUCAACCUCAGAGAGACCAAAACAUUCAGGAGGCAGAGGGGUCCUAAACCCAGAACAGAACCAGCUCCAGCACCUGCACUCAGUCUGAGUCCAACUGAAUCAAACUUGUCUAAACAACUGUCAGUCCAGAUCCCAGUGCCCCCCCCAUCGGAGAACACAUACGCUGUCACCGAACCUCAUAGAUCAAAGAGACACCAGCUGAAAGUCCAAUUCGACCCCACAGAACUGCUAACUCCGUCUGCUCCACCCAAGAGGAGGAGGAAGUUUAAACCCAAGACCUCGACCCAGACCCUCAACCCCUCCAAGCCCUCGGCCUCCCUGCCUGGCGUCUCACAGGACAUGGCUCCACUGGAGUCGGACUCUGAGCUGGGGCCAGUCCAACAGAGUGAGAAGGACAGCAGGCCCAUGAUGACCCGGGGUCUGUUGAGACAGAAGGAUCUGGAGGAUGGGGUGUUGUGGGAGGGCCGACCCCGGACCAGCAUCACGGAGGAGAGGGCCGCCAUCGCUCUGACAUCACUCUUCACUCUGAAGGUAAGAGAUCACAGAUAGAAACACGAUAUCUACAAAACCCUUUUCUAAACUUUAAGUGACAGUAGUGAUGUUCCUCUGACUCCUCUGGUCCCUGUUACUCCUCUGAUUCCUCUGACUCCCCUGAUUCCUCUGACUCCCCUCAUUCUGAAUCAGAACCGUUUAUUGCCAAUGUAUGUAA